UAUAACAAUGGUUGCAUACUUUCUCUGUUUUCUAAUCAUCUGUUCCCCCCCCUUAGUUUCAUUUAGCUUUUGACAAUGAAAUCGGAGACUCUAACGUUAGUUCUGGUGAAUUUAGCUGGAAUAAUGGAGCGAGCCGACGAGUCAUUAUUGCCUAGUGUUUACAAAGAAGUUGGCGCCGAUUUACAUACGGAUCCGACAGGGCUUGGCUCCCUCACUCUGUAUCGAUCCAUAGUCCAAUCUUGUUGUUACCCAUUAGCUGCUUAUCUUGCUAUGCACCACAACCGUGCUCAUGUGAUUGCACUCGGUGCUUUCCUUUGGGCUGCUGCAACAUUUCUCGUCGCCGUUUCCACCACUUUCUUCCAGGUUGCAGUUUCAAGAGGCUUGAAUGGGAUUGGCCUUGCAAUCGUCAUACCGGCCAUUCAGUCCCUUGUUGCCGAUUAGACCGAUGAUAGUAAUCGCGGUAUGGCCUUUGGAUGGCUUCAACUGACCGGAAAUAUCGGCUCGAUCCUAGGUGGCCUUUGUGCGGUCCUUAUUGCACCAAGAACUAUCAUGGGGAUACCUGGUUGGAGAUUUUCAUUCCAUCUGGUUUGGAUAGUUAGUGUCGUAGUUGGUGUUUUGGUCCGUCUUUUUGCUAAGGAUCCACGAUAUUCGGGUCGUGAUAAUGUAGACGAAGAACAUGGUGGACAUAAGUCGUUUUCGUCACAGGUGAAGGAUAUGAUGAAUGAAGCAAAGUCAGUUAUGAGAAUCCCAACUUUUCAAGUCAUUGUUGCUCAAGGUGUUUCAGGAUCGUUUGCAGGGUCUGCUUUGUCAUUUGCUCCGAUGUGGCUCGAACUAAUUGGCUUCUCCCACGAGACAACGGCAAUGAUCAUGACACUUUUCGUGAUUUCGGGUUCACUUGGUGGUCUCUUUGGAGGACGGUUGGGAGAUAUUCUCGCGAGACGCUUCCCAAAUUCUGGAAGAAUUAUUCUGUCGCAGAUAAGUGCCGGUUCUGCUAUCCCAAUAGCUGCGGUAUUGAUGCUGGCAUUACCUGAUGAUCCCUCCACUGCAAUUAUGCACGGUCUGGUUUUUUUCAUCCUGGGAUUAUGGAUGUCAUGGAAUGCUCCUGCAACCAACAAUCCUAUAUUUGCAGAGAUCGUACCGGAGAAAUCCCGAACAAGUAUCUAUGCCUUGGAUAAUUCUUUUGAGUCUAUACUGGCAUCUUUUGCUCCUCCUAUUGUUGGGAUUUUGGCUCAGUGUCUUUACGGUUAUAAACCGAUACCCGAAGGAUCAUCGGACUCUAUCGAGAUCGAAACAGAUAGAGAGAAUGCUGCAUCACUUGCUAAGGCAUUGUACUCGGCAUUUGCGAUUCCAUUGGCAGUCUGUUGCUUCAUUUACUCAUUCCUCUAUUGCACGUAUCCGAGAGACCGGGAGAGAGCACGGAUGGAAGCACUGAUAGAAUCUGAAAUGCAUCAACCGGAGCAGAAUGAUUCUUCUUCAAAUUGCGAAAAACACAUAUUUCGUGUCACGAACUCGAAAGAGCUCGAUAACGCUGAAAGAGGUGAAACAUUUAUAAAAUUCGGAGGGGAGAAGACCCUCGAUUUCGAUGACAACGACGACAAGAAGUCCCUUCUACAUCAUCAACAAUCAUCAUCACCAGCUUGA